AUGGAGGACGAAGAUGUUGCAAUCUGUCUGCUGCUCAGUCUUCCAAAGAGCUACGAAUAUGUGGUGCUCAACAUGGAAAUGAGCAGCGCCGAGCUUCGUACCCAGGAUGUAGUGAGAGUGCUGACGAAUGAGCACGCCAAGCGUCAAGGAGAAAAAGGGACAACGACAGCGACUACGGUGAAGGCUGAAGAUGCAAGCAAGGCAUUCAGCACCGAACAUAAGCCCUACAAAUGCACGUAUUGUAGCAAGGUGGGACACACGGUGGAUCGUUGCUGGACAAAGCAGAAGAACGAAGGUCGAGGAGCCCGACGCGGCGGCAAUGGUCGUGGACGCGGGGCUAAUAACGCCCAGGGGGGAAAUUAUGAUGAAGGCGAUGGCUACGAUCUAGUGGCGUUUGCAGCCUCGUUAGAACAUGGAGUUUCGACGAGCAAGGACGUGUCUGGAAUGUGGGCCGUCGACAGUGGUGCAACGCACCACAUUUGCCACGACAAGACCAAGUUCGCAAGUUUGGCAGAUCGCAAUGAGGGCGAACUCUUGGUGGCUGAUGGCAACAAGGUGGCCAUCAACGGUGUGGGAACCAUCAUGGAAAAGGUGGUUCUGCCCAACGGUGAAGAGCGUGAGAUCGAAAUCAAGAACGCGCUGUAUGUUCCAAGUAUGAGCAAGAACCUGCUCUCGGUGCCACAGAUUAACAGCCAUGGCAAGUUUCAAGUCGUGUUUGACGGGUCCAAGAUGUAUGUGACUCUCAAGAACUCACAGCAAGUGGUGUUGACAGCGGACCUCGUGAAUGGACUUUACUGGCUUCGUACGACUCAGCGAUCAGCAAAUGUGACAACAAGUGGAAACAUUUGUGCUGAUCUACAUGCACGAAUGGGUCACGCUCCAGUCGACGUACUUCGCAAGAUUAUUACGACCACAAUGAUCAAGGAUGUGCGUGUCCCUCUUAAGUCGAAUGGAGCAACUGCACGUCGGGGGUGUCAAUAA